AUGGGGUUUCGGGAUUUACGCCAUUUCAAUGAUGCUUUGCUCGGGAAGCAGGUGUGGCGUCUAUACCAUGAAAAGGAGACUUCACUAUAUCGGGUUUUUAGAGCUAAAUAUUUUCCUUCCGGUGAUAUUUUUGAGGCUGUUCAAAAUCCAAGAUGUUCUUAUACUUGGAAAAGCAUCAUGUUGGCCAGGGAUGUGAUCUCUAAUGGAGCUUUGUGGAGGAUUGGGGAUGGGAAGGAUAUUCAGAUUUGGCAGCAUCGGUGGCUUCCUUCUCCAGGGAGUGGGAAGGUUUUGUCUCCUCGGCUAGAUCAGUCUUUGAAUGUAGUCCAAGAUUUAUUCAUUAUAGGCACUAAGACUUGGGAUUUUGAGCUCAUUGACAGACACUUUCUACCAUGGGAAGCUGAUGGUAUUAAGAGUAUUCCCCUUAGUGAGCACCAUAACAUUGAUUUACUGAUCUGGCCUCAUACCCCGGAUGGAAGUUACUCAGUGCGUUCGGCAUAUCGACUCCUGGUAGCUGCUCAAGCCCAAAACCAGCCGAGUUCAUCUAGUACUGAAGCUAGUAAAAGACUCUGGAAAGGGGUUUGGAGGAUGGAAGUACCCAACAGAGUGCGCCAAUUCGUUUGGAGAGCUGUUGGUGAGUCUCUGCCUACAAAGAAAAAUCUGAAGCAUCCCUUACGUCGGCCAGUACCUAGGGAAGUGAUUAAAUGGUCACCGCCAGAUGAAAGUGUGUACAAAAUCAAUUUUGACGCGGCAGUUUUUGAGGAGCAAGGUAGUGCCGGCUUAGGGGUGGUGGUCAGAGACUUGGCAGGCUUGGUGAUUAGUACGCUUAGCCAAAAGAUCAGGUUCCCUGGCUUGGCGGUGAUGGUGGAGGCCCUAGUUGCUUGCAGGGCAGUCUUUUUUGCCAAGGAAAUCAGCGUUUUUCGGGUUGUGGUGGAGGGCGACUCUCUGCAAGUAAUCAAAGCUGUUAAUUCCUUAAAGCGGUCUAAGACUCCAUAUGGGCAUAUUAUUGAUGAAACUAGAUUACUGUCAUCUUCUUUAUCUUGCUAUAACUUUGUUCAUGUUCAACGCGAGGGCAAUAAGUUAGCUCAUGCCCUUGCACGUCGAGCAGUUGUAUCUAUAGAUACUGAUGUGUGGAUGGAAGACCUUUCACGUGAUUUGGAUGAUGUGGCUGUAAUAAACUUUCAUACAUCAAUAGCUGCAAAGAAACAGUGUUGGUGGGCAAGAACUAAGAGAAAAGUAGGUAGUACAGAAUAG